AUGCUGUACCUCUACUUCACAUUUGCUUUCUUCCUCUCCACGCCUGUUCUCGGGCAGAUGACCACCUUUCUCGCCUAUGACGCCAUCUAUGGCGAUGCCAGUUGUCCCCUCUCCAGUCUCGCCUGCUCUGAUGGGUCCAACGGACUCGAAAGCAAAGGGUACACCACCCUUAGCUCUUUCUCCAACUUCCCUUACCUCGGGGGCGCACCAACCAUCGCGAACUGGAACGACGCUAACUGCGGCAAAUGUUAUGCCAUCACGUAUGCAAAGAACACUAUUAACAUCCUUGCACUGGAUGUGUCGAAAGAUGGGUUUACGGUAUCACCGCAGGCGAUGAACGUACUGACGAACGGGCAGGCGAGCACGUUAGGGAGAGUGGAGGUCACUGCUGCUGAAGUGCCCGCCAGCGAAUGUGGCUUGUGAGGGUGGGACGUGACGGCGCAGUUAACCUUGCUAGCGGUAUGCUAGCAGGGAUCAGCAUUAAAGGACCUUGUCUGUAUUUCUUGGCGAUGUAUCGAGUUCUGUACAUGCCCGUUGAUCCUUUGAUUAGAAUACGGGCUUUGUCAUUUCUUCACUUGGACAUCUUGUACCAGGACGUUGUCAGUGCCUUUGGCGGUACCUCUUAGACUUGAUACGUGGUUUGUAUAACAUCUAGGCAC